CAAGCAAAAGAUUGCAGCUAGCAAAACUUUCCCGAAGUGAACUGUAGCUUCCACAGUGCGGCUUCGUCAGAGCACCAGCCGCCAAACAAUGGCGGCGCUGGCAGCGAGCCGCCGUCUCCUCCAUCUCCGGCCGGAUCUGGAGUUCUGCUUGCGCUCCCGCGCCCUUACCCUCUUCCGGGCGAAGGGGGCGGGCGGUGUCCGGCACGCGCCUCCGCGCCGGAGGCUCGUGAGCUUCCGGCAAUGUUCCUCCAACGAGGGAAACGCGUAUGCCGGUGAGAGGCGCACGAAGAACAACCCUAUGCAGAGCCCGGACGAGCAGUUUCUGCAGCUCUCCUUGGAGGAGGGAGAAGGCGAUGGCACGGUGGGCGGUAUCGGCGAAAGCGUGCUGCAAGAUGUGAAGAAGAGCGCGAUUGAGUUGCUUGCAAUCAGAGGUCUGUUGAAUGACGGUUAUUAUGCGGAAUCAUUUUCACGAUCCCGGUGGCAAUCAUCAACUUGGGGUCCAAGGCGUAUAAAGCAGGCACUUCGCCAAAAAGGUGUGCCAGAGGCCGAGGCGGACCAGGCGACAAGGAGUGUGUUCCAGGACGUCCAGGGCGAUGAAGAACAGAUGGCACAUGGGUUCUCCAAAGCUUCCAUGGACCAUCUGUUUGCUCAAGCCUCCAAGCAGUGGCAGCGAGGGGGGAGCUUGCCCGUGGAGAAACGGCGCGCGCGCAUAGUGAGGUGGCUACAGUACAGAGGGUUCAACUGGGCCGUGACCAACAACAUCAUCAGAAAGCUGGAGGCGCAACAUCCUCUCUGACCUGAACCUUCUGUUGUAUGUUGUUUCUGUUGCGAGUUAGUCUGGCAAGUUUAUGCUGCUAUGCCUCUGUCUGCUCUGCAAUGUUUUCUGCGGAUGUACAUCAUGUUUUGAGCUGAACAUGGUAUUUGAAUAUAUCAUUACCCUUGGCAUUUCUCUCCCUGAAA